ACCUUAGCUUUAUAUCUCUUUGCCUUAACGCGUAUUUUUUUUUCUGCUUUCAGUUUUCACACGCAAGAAAGUGCUCUGCAUCUCUUUUUUAAGAAGAAAAAACAAAGAAGAAAAAAUCAGUAAGCGAAAAUGGUGAAAGACAGAACGAUUGGUGUAGCAAUGGAUUUCUCAAAGAGCAGCAAAACUGCUCUGAAAUGGGCCAUCGAUAAUUUAGCUGACAAAGGUGACACCUUUUACAUCAUCCACAUCAAAACUCAUUCUUCUGAUGAGUCACGUAAUAAGCUCUGGGCUAAAUCUGGUUCUCCUUUAAUUCCGUUGGCGGAGUUUAGGGAGCCUGAAGUGAUGAAGAAAUACGAUGUGGAGACUGAUAUUGAUGUUCUUGAUUUACUUGAUACUGCUACUAGGCAGAAAGAGAUAAAAGUUGUCACUAAAUUAUACUGGGGAGAUGCUAGGGAGAAACUCAUAGAUGCAACUGGCGAUCUGAAGCUGGAUUCUUUGGUUAUGGGUAGUAGAGGCCUCGGUACCCUCCAAAGGAUAAUAAUGGGAAGUGUGACCAACUAUGUAUUGACUAAUGCGACAUGUGCUGUGACUGUUGUUAAGGAUCCAGAUUUCCACAAGCAUUGAUCAAGAAUUAUGGGUUGAAUAUGCAUGCCCUUUUGAAUAAGAUGAAGGCUUUUACUUGUUCUAUUUUCUCUUAUGAUAGCAAUUUCCUUAAUCUCAAUGCUGAAUGAGACAUACUUUGUUCCUGGUUUCAAUAACUAAUGAGAUUGAUGGUUUUCUCUAAUUUGUCUGGUCUAUAUUGUCUCCCCUUUAAUUUGUGGAAUAAGAACUAUAAAGUCUUUUUUGGGA